CCCAAACAGAGAGGAGGAAGGACCUUCAUCUUCCUCACUUUUUAAAUCUUUUCCUCCCCUCAGCAACUCCUCCUGCUGUCUGCCCUUUCUCCUCCUCCUGUAACUCCUCCUCCUCCUCUUCCUCCUCAUGUUUCUGUUCAGCUCUGCAGUCACAGUUUACAGAUGUGGGGCAUUCAGGGCACUUUAGAGCUGCAGGAAAACUCAACCUCUUCUCUUUCAUCCGCUUUUUGUUUUUGAGGACGUUUGUUGAGCCCAGCGUUCAGGUUCAAUGGGGUAUCAGAGGACCAUGUGGCGCAGUCUGACUGGAGGAGGAGGAGGCGAUGUAGCUCUGGUCAGGUGUUUCUGCUCAGAGGAACAGGUGAAGAUCUCUUUCAGGAGUGUGGAGGAGGAUCGGCGGCUCAGACGAGUGUUUGUGCGCCGCUGGUUUGGUGGACUGUCGGUGUCGCUGCUCUUCAGAUAUUUAGCCAAACCCUCAGAGGACUGGUUAGCCGAGUCCCCCCGCCUGUCCACCGCCUCCAUCAGCAGCGAUGAGCGUGCUUCAUCGUCCACACCCUCCGACUCCUCCGACCUGCUGGCAUCUUACCGGCGCCCCGUGAGCCUGAUCUCCACUUUGUCCUCCGGGUCUGGAUCUUCCAGAGACGACAACCUUGCGCUGCCUUCAUCUAUCACCAGCUCCUCCUCGGACCCUGACAUCAACCUUAACCUGAGCCCCGAGGAGGUCGCCGCAGACCUCCAGGGGUCGAGCCCCCAACCCAACAGGAAGGGGCGGAGCUUCAUUCACAACAAAAACAACAACAACAAAGACUGGAAGGCGAGUCGUACCUUGAGCCGCCGGCAGCCGGCUUCACCGUUUAUCCGCGCCAGCAUGGCGCCCAACCCUCAGCUGACCUACCUAGACCGCGUCGUCAUGGAGAUCAUCGAGACAGAGAGGAUGUACGUGAGAGAUCUGCGCAUGAUCGUGGAG